UCAUUACAAUUGCAACUACUCACUACAAAAAUUAUUUUCUUUUCCUAUAAUGCCAAACUUUGUGUCAUCAUCCGUGCGCCAACUUGUAUUAACUUGCAUGCAUAUUUACUCAAUGAAUGCAAUAACCCAUUAAAUCAUAUAACAAACAGAUGGAUAUAUACUGAUGUGGUUCGUUCACAAAUGCACAUAUAGUUAGUAAUUAUAAAAUUAGGAAAGUAAUAAAUAAAGAAACUAGAGAAGAUAAUUAAAUUUAUUCAAUUUUUUUUUUUUUUUUAUCUUUGUUUGUCACUUUCCUAAUUAUGUAAUUACAAAUUAUAUGUACAUUUGUAAUUAGAUUACAUCAGCGGUCAACAUGAUAACUUGUUCACUAAUGAGUAGGUAAGUAUUGUCCAAUCAAAUAUAUAUUUAUUCAGAUUCUUUAUCACUUGUGUGUGUGUAUAAUUAAUUAGAUUUUUCAUUUUAGGGGAUGAUGACAUGAGUAAGCCUGUUUCUUGCAUUCCUGGGUUUGAGAGCCUCUUGCGACGUAGAGAUCUACCAAGCAUUUGUAGAUAUGAAGACGUCCAGAACCCACCGUCGGAUUCAUCAAAUGGUAGUCUAAGGGAACAAGAUAGGACUUGCCUGACAUGGCUCGACUGUCAGCCGUCCAAAUCAGUGAUAUACGUUAGCUUCGGAAGUCUGACUAUAUUGACUCGUGAGCAGCUCUUAGAGUUUUGGUAUGGUUUGGUGAAUAGUGAAAAGCUAUUUCUAUUGGUAAUAAGGGAAGGUUUGAUUCCAGAGGAGGAUAAUAAAUUGGUUGAGACUCCUUUAGACCUUUUGGUGGGGACUAGGGAUAGAGGGUGCAUAGUGGGUUGGGCCCCACAAGAAGAAGUUCUGACCCAUCGGGCUGUGGGUGGGUUUUUGACCCACAGUGGAUGGAACUCAACGUUAGAGAGUAUUUUGGCGGGUGUUCCAAUGAUUUGUUGGCCACAAAUAGCUGACCAGCAAGUGAAUAGUAGGUGUGUGGGUGAGUUAUGGAAGGUUGGGGUUGAUAUGAAGGACAUUUGUGAUAGAUUAACAGUUGAGAAAAUGGUAAGAAAUCUGAUGGAUGGUAAGAGAGAGAAGAUCAUGAAAUCAAUAGCUGAGAAUUCGAGAAUGGCUUGUGAUAGUGUCAGGGAUGGUGGAUCAUCUUAUUGUAACUUAGAGAAGUUAAUUGAAGACAUUCGAUCGAUGAAGUCAACUAAGAACGCUUCGGUUAAAGUAUUGAAGGCAUGAUUAAUUGAAUGGAUUUCUUCUUUCCAGCUCAAACGGACUAUUUUAGGAGUCUUGGAAACUAUUUUUACUUUGCCUUUGCUGCUACUUUUCACGGCCUUUCUAUUAUGGUCUUUAGUUCUCCUGAUUAAUUUGAGAUGAUACAUUUUAUUUUUAUUAUUUUUUCGCUCUUAAAUGUAGUUUUGGUUUUUGGUC